AUUACAAAACCCCACUUUUCUCUUGAAUUUUUCUUCAUUUUUCAUUCUCAAAAAUAAAAAUAAAAAAUGACCAUCAAAUUAUUUUCUGUUUUCUCCUUGACUCUGUCAAUUAUCUUAAUUUCUUCAAUUUUCUUCUAUUUCUCCGCCGCAUUGGGUGGUGCAGUUGGUGGUUGGACCCCGUUAAAUGACGUAAAUACCCCUGAAGUGGUUGCGAUAGGACAAUUCGCGGUGAAUGAGCACAAUAAAGAGGCAGGGACAAAAUUGGAAUUUCAAAGUAUUACUAAAGGAGAAAGUCAAGUCGUUGCCGGAAUAAAUUAUCGACUUGUAAUUAACGCUAAAGAUGGAGGUCAUGUUCGUAAAUAUUUGGUGGUUGUAUGGGAUAAGCCAUGGGAGAAAAUUAAGAAACUUACUUCCUUCAAACAAAUGUAAGUGUUGGUUAUGAAUUAUGAUUAAGGAUUUUGAGUCAGUGGAUUCAAAAUAAACGUCAUGUUAUAAUAAUAUAUGUGUUAUGUUUUAAUGUUUUUGUAUAUGUAUGUAUUGUUGAGAUAUGUAUUUGGUUAUAUAAAUUU